GGGGGCAGUAAUGCACCAUCACAGUCGAAGAAGAAAAAGAAGCGUCUCGUUCACCCUGCUGGGCCGAGUCGCAUUUUUGGGGCUCUGAUACCGGCGUGAAGUAGGAUACUUGAAUCCAACUGUUAGAUUACGGAACGAAAUGCCUAAGAAAGGGAAAGAAGAACCAGUGUGGGUAGGCGAUGAAGAUCCCCCGACAACAGAAAAAGCUGUGAAAAGGGGGAAGAAAGAUAAAAAGGGGAAAAAAAGUUUUUUUGAGGAAAUCCAGACAGAGGACAUGCCUGAAAAGGAAGCUGAGUUUCCUGCGAAGGAUGCCAAACAGCCUCAUAAAAAGAAAAAGGACCGCCGCAAAGGAAAAGGUGCAGAUGCGGACAACGACAGCGACGAAGAUGUCAUGCUGAAGCUGAAAAAGCUCUCGGUUCAAGCUAGUGAUGAGGAAGACGAGCACGUUGUGGCCCCCAAGAAAGGAAACAAGAAGAACAAGGGUGCGAACAUUUUCGCAGCUCUCAGCCAGGGACUGAGUGAUGAGGAAGACAACUGUGAUUUGGAUGAGGAAGUCGAACCGAUAAAAAAGCAGGCUGAGAAAGGCGAGAAAAAAGAUGAAGCUAAAGCCAAGGUGAAGAUGCCAGAGAAUGAUGAGGAAGAGAAGACAAAGGACAAAAUGAAAGCGGUUAAAAAGACAGCCGCUGAGGAAUCGCACCACAAAGACGACGAGGGAGACAAAAGUGACGCCGACGAUAUGAUGAUGCAGAGUGCUGAAGAUGUCAUCGCAGAGCAGGCCAAACCGCAACAAGACGACAACGACGACCCCUUUUCUAACCUGAGCAAGAAGGAGAAAAAGAAGAAGAAAAAAAUGAUGGAGUAUGAGCGUCAGGUGGCAAGCCUCCGGGCCCAGAAUGACUUGGAGGGAGAUUUCUCCAUUUCCCAAGCCGAAAUGUCCUCCAGACAGGCCAUGCUCGAGAACGCUUCUGAUAUCAAGCUGGAAAGGUUCAGCAUUUCUGCCCACGGCAAAGAGCUUUUUGUCAACGCCGACCUCCUUAUCGUGGCAGGAAGAAGAUACGGUUUGGUUGGACCAAAUGGCAAAGGGAAGACCACAUUGCUGAAGCACAUAGCCAACAGAGCUCUGAGCAUUCCGCCCAACAUCGACGUGCUGCUUUGUGAGCAAGAGGUGGUGGCUGACGACACGCCGGCAGUUCAGGCGGUGCUGAAGGCCGACACUCGCCGCCUGAAGCUGCUGCAGGAGGAGAAGCAGCUUCAGGCUCGUCUGGAGAUGGGAGAGGACAGCGUGGCGGACAGACUAGACAAGGUUUAUGAAGAGCUGAGGGCGAUUGGAGCUGCGGCAGCCGAGGCCAAGGCGAGACGAAUAUUGGCUGGCCUGUCAUUUACCCCCGAGAUGCAGAACCGAGCCACCAAAAGGUUCUCGGGAGGUUGGAGGAUGAGAGUUUCGCUUGCCAGGGCUCUGUUCAUGGAACCCACCUUACUGAUGCUUGACGAACCCACCAACCACCUGGACCUGAAUGCUGUCAUCUGGCUCAACAACUACCUUCAAGGCUGGAAGAAGACCCUGCUGGUCGUUUCCCACGACCAGAGUUUCCUUGACGACGUGUGUACCGACAUCAUGCACUUAGACAACCAGAAACUCUACUAUUACAGAGGCAACUACUUGACCUUCAAAAAAAUGUACGUCCAGAAGCAAAAGGAGCUCCAGAAACAGUACGACAAGCAGGAGAAGAAACUGAAGGACCUGAAGGCCGGCGGCAAGUCCACCAAACAGGCCGAGAAGCAGACGAAAGAAGCGCUGACGAGAAAACAACAGAAAGGCAAGAAGAAGGGAGGGCAGGAGGAGGAGAGCCAAGAGAGCACCGAGCUGCUCAAGAGGCCCAAAGAGUACACCGUCAAAUUCACCUUUCCGAACCCUCCUCCUCUUUCGCCGCCCAUUCUGGGCCUGCACAGUGUUGAUUUCUGCUACGAGGGUCAGAAGCCACUCUUCAAGAAUGUGGACUUUGGAAUUGACUUGGAAUCCAGAAUUUGCAUCGUUGGCCCGAAUGGUGUCGGCAAGAGUACGUUGCUGUUGCUGCUCAACGGGAAACUCCAUCCUACCAAAGGCGAGAUGAGGAAGAAUCAUCGAUUGAAAAUCGGCUUUUUCAACCAGCAGUACGCCGAUCAGUUGAACAUGGAGGAGAACCCCACCGAGUACCUGAUGAGGAACUUCAACCUCCCCUACCAGGACGGCAGGAAGUGUCUGGGGCGUUUUGGCCUGGAGAGCCACGCGCACACCAUUCAGAUCUCCAAGUUGUCCGGUGGUCAAAAAGCAAGAGUUGUGUUUGCUGAACUUUCCUGCCGACAGCCGGAUGUACUCAUUUUGGAUGAACCCACGAACAAUCUGGAUAUCGAGUCCAUUGACGCUUUGUCCGAAGCCAUCAAUGAAUACAAAGGAGCUGUGAUCAUAGUGAGCCACGAUGCCCGGCUCAUCACGGAAACUCAGUGCCAGCUGUGGGUGGUGGAGGAUUGCUCGGUCAACCAGAUCGACGGCGACUUCGAUGACUACAAGCGGGAGGUUCUGGAGUCCCUGGGCGAGACCAUGGUCAAUAAGGUGAACCCAUGAUUCUGAGGAGCAGUGGUGGGAGGAACGCGACGCCAAAGUCCCGCCGGACUGGUUUUGUAGCUUUGGGGGUUUUUGUUUUUUUUCUGGACUGUAUUCUGUCUGCAUAAUGACCAGGUCAUGGGGUGUAAACCCUGUCAUCCAAUCUUAUAAAUCCAGCCGCUGAAACACUUUAUAAUGUUGUUAAGAAAGCGAUAAGAUAAAGUCAUUUUCCACAUC